AUGAGGAAGGUUGGGGAAGAAGGUACGGGGCAGGCCAUGUCAAUGGUCUUUCUGGCUCUGUGCCUCUCAUCCGCGUCCACGUUCGCCUCUGCCGACCAGAACAGGAGAAGGCCGCAGCCAUCCCCGCCGCACGAGGCGGCCAAAGACAGGUUCCCGUCGUCCGUCAGCAUUGGUAGGACUUCCUCCGCCGUCUUCCCCCUCUACGGGAAUGUCUACCCCAACGGGUGAGGAUCCUGAGGUCUUGUCUCUGUUCUUGUUCUGGACCUCUCCAUAUUCCUCGGACGCUGUACCGCUGGCGUCAUCUUGUUUGUUCUUGGAUCCGUUAACAAACCAAGGGUGGUUGAUUCUUUGCUUCUGGAUUCUUGGAUUCUUCUACCGCUGGUGGUUGAAGGCUGUACUUCGCAUCGCUGCGCAUCGGGGAUCCGCCGAGACCGUAUUUUCUGGAUGUGGACACCGGCAGCGACCUAACCUGGGUUCAAUGCGACGCACCCUGCGUCAGCUGCUCCAAGGCAAGCCAAUAAAUGAUUUCUUGCGAUCUCAUUUAUCUCAAGAAACGCUUAUCCAUCUCUCAGUUCUCCUGCCACAAGGGAGCUUCUCUACGGUCUUGUGAUAAUCACAAUAUGGGAUAUGCGUCCCUCCAUAUUUUUUUUCCACGGUUCGUUGAACUAGUAAAAGCCGAAUGUCCUCUUGGAUGGUUGCGGCAGGGACCUCACCCACUGUACAAGCCGGAGAAGGACAAGCUAGUGCCCUGCGUGCAUCCUAUCUGCGACUCCCUCCAGGCCGUCGCCUCCACCCCCUCCCAUACCGGGGAAGCACAGAGGCCCCACUGCGACUCUCCCAACGACCAAUGCGACUACGAGGUGGAGUAUGCGGACCAAGGUUCCUCCCGCGGCGUCCUCAUCAGCGACACCUUCUCCAUGCACUUUGUCAACGGCUCCCUCCUCCGCCCUCGCCUCGCCUUCGGGUACAGAAGCUUCUCUACUCGUCUUCCCUCGGAUUUCGUUCACAUUCCUUCUUGCUAAUCAGUCGAAUUUCUCCUCCGGAACAGUUGUGGUUACGACCAGCAGCUGUACGGCAAUGACGCGCCGUCGCCGACGGACGGCGUCCUUGGGCUCGGCCUCGGCAAGUCCAGCAUCAUGUCGCAGCUGCGAGAGCACGGCCUGACACGUAACGUGAUGGGUCACUGCCUUGGUAGGAGAGGUGGCGGGUUCCUCUUCUUCGGUGACGACCUCGUCCCCACCUCCGGCGUCUCAUGGACCCCAAUGUCCGGCCGCGGGUUACGGUUAGCAAUCUCGUCCCUCUGUCUGAUUCUUAAACUGGUCAACCCCCCACUGACAGUUCUUGUUCGCUCUGUCGCCAGCAAGUACUAUUCGCCGGGUCCUGCGAAUCUCUUCUUAGGCCGGCAACUCCUCGGCAAGAACUUCGAGGUGAUCUUCGAUAGCGGGAGCUCCUACACAUACUUCUCGUCUCGUCCCUACGAGAUCUUCCUUACCUUGGUGAGCAAUGACGAAAGAAUUUUCCCCCUAAAUAUGUUUUGAACGCUGGAGACAGCUGAAGGUUUAACGCUGCUGCGUCUGCACAGAUGAUGAGGGAUCUCUCCGGGAAGCAGCUGAAGGUGGCCUCCGACGAUCGCACCCUCCCGCUGUGCUGGAGAGGUGCGAAGCCAUUCAAGUCCAUCGGGGAAGCGAGGAAGUACUUUAAGCCCUUGACAAUGGCUUUCUCUCAGGGGAAACGGGCUCUGCUGGCCAUUCCCCCUGAAAACUACCUAAUCCUCACAGCUGAGCUCUGAUUAUCCUCUUCCUUCUCUCCGCCCUGAUUUGAACAAGAAAGAAGGCCAGCCAUAACGGGUAAUCUCUGUGUGCAUUUCCUCCUACCAGAAACACGGCAGCCUCUGCCUGGGCGUCCUCAACGGCACCGAAGUUGGACUCAAAGAUCUCAACAUCAUCGGAGGUGACGAUCCCCAUCCAUCCUCCUCUUCUAUUGAAAAAGAAACGUUUUUUAUUUUUUUUUCUCUGACGGGCGGAUUCUUCCCUUCCUCCCCCGCCUCCUCUCUUCCUGCAGACAUUUCCGUGCAGGACGUGAUGGUGGUGUACGACAACGAGAAGGAGCAGAUCGGAUGGGCCCGGGCAAAUUGCGAGAGGUUCCCCAGGUCUGCCGGCUCCUCCGCCCUCCCCUCUCCCCCUCCGGGCUUCCCCGUUCCCGAGCAUCUACCGAGCCUUCGACCUUCCUUCCAUGCUGCCUCCGGCUCAGAGGAGAUGGUGGCGCGGGGGGUUUCUGCCGGGCACCCCCACCACCAUCACCAUCCCGGCGGGCUCUAG